AUGCGUCGACGUUCGCGACGGAGUGAGAAGACACGCAACCCAGCCGACUCUGUCAAUUGGGUCGAGUCGAUCUGGGUCGAGUCGAUCCGGGCCGAGUCGGCCGCGGUUUGCAACAUGCCCUCUGGAGAAACGCUGGAGGUUUCUGUCGAUCUUUCAGGGAGGCCGGACCUGGAGAAGAUCCGGCGGCGGUUCGCGGCGGUGCUGCCGGGGGUGAAGGGCGGGUGGAAGCUGGCGAGCCGCGGCGAGACGCGCGGCGGGUACCUCUUCUGGCGUCGCUGCCCCGACUUCCGCGUGGACGACCACGUCGAGUUCCUCCUCCGCGGCGGGCGGCCCGCCGAGUACGGCGACGACCGGGAGCUCUGCGAGCUGCUCGAGGAGAGGUCCAACGUCGCUUUCCUGCCCGAUAGGCCGCCGUGGGAGGCGCUGGUGAUCCCCAAGUCCUCCGGCGAGGAAUACUCGCUGGCGUUCCGCUACCACCACGGCCUGGGGGAUGGGGUCUCCAUGGUCCGGCUCUUCUUUCGCUCUUUGGCCUCCAGGCCGGCGGAGCUGUUGGCGCCGAGGAACAGGAGGCGGAUGGGCUUCCUCAGGAGGGUCUGGUUCCGAGUCUCCGGGCAUCUCGGGAUUCCGGCCAACUUCGUGUCGUCGUUCGUGGAUCGGGACCGGUCGAACCUGGUGGUGGCGAAGGUGAACGGGACCCGAUCGUUCGCCUUGUCGCGGCCCAUCGGACUGGAUCGCCUCCGUCGACUUCGAACGCGGGAAGGAGCGACGAUCAACGAGAUCUUCAUCGCCGUCCUGGGUGGGGGCCUCCACCGGUGGAUGCAGGAGGAAUCGGCGAAGACGUCGGCUUACUUCGCGGUCGCCGUUCAUCAUCCGGACGAGGAGACGGAGAUGGCGAAUCGUCUCAGCAUCGUCCGGCUCGUCUUGCCGGUCGGCUCGAUGGAGCCGGGGGCUCGGUUGAAACUGGCGAAGGAGUCGACGCGGGGCAUCCAUCGACCCGAGGCCCUGUCCACGUAUUACGACGUGAAGAUGAGCGGGAAUCUCCUCCCGACGUGGCUGGCCGGUUGGAUCGUCGGGGACGUGCCGGGGAGCGUGGACCUCAGCAACGUUCCGGGGCCGAAGGAAAGGGUGACUCUAUUCGGGGAUGACGUCACGAGGGCCGUCGCAUGGAGCACACUCGAAGCCAACAUCGGUCUGAGCAUCCUGCUUUCGUCGUACGCGGGGGAGGCGUGGAUGACGAUCGCAGCGGACACGGCCGUGAUCCCGAACAGAGACCGAGCCGAGAGCCUCCUCUCGGCCAUCCACCAGGAACUCGCCGACCUCGAGGCCGCCUCCGAAUCCAAGUCGGAGGGAAGUUUCGGUCCCGCUCUCGUCGUCUGAGUUCCGUCUUCGCUUUCCGGUCUCCCUUUCGCCCGAGUGAAUUGCACUGACGCUUCCACCUCUCCUCCCCUUCCCUUCCUUGCAUUCCCAUUCGUACGACCUUGUUUUUUUUUUAUUAUGUGUAUAAUAAAGAAG